AUGUGUCAAGUAACAGUCAGUCGUGACGCUCGUGUCAAAAUGAUGUCCUUUCUGAACAACUUCCUUCUCCUUUGUGACUUUUGCAAACCCCUCAAACACUUUUUAUUCUGCGACCCACAGACAUCGUCGCUCCAUUUAAAAGACCACUUAAACACGUGCUCAGACCGGCUAUUCAAAGUCAUUGGUGGCUUCCUAGCCGAAAAUGUGGAACCACUGGAACUGUCAGAUUUUUCGUCCGGUUUCAACUACACGCUUCUAAUGACGUAUUACGGCGACGUUAACUUAACCGGGGGCUGGCUGCAAAACCUGUCAAGUGUCAAACACGCAAAAUUCAGUUACUAUAAGACGUCCAGAAAAACGGAGACCAUUUUACCCUUAACUUUCGACGCUUUGAGUUUUACGUACAAUUAUAGUGCCGCUAUUUUGGGAUAUGGUCGCAGUGGCACAGUUUUUGGAAUUGUACAAGGACUGAAAAUGGAAUUGGUUCUAGGUUAUGAGUACCAAAAACCGGAAAUUACUUUUGACUGUCGUGCCACUGAUUUAGAAUACUUUGAUCUUGAAUUUGACGGCAAUUAUUUAAUUGACUGGAUUCUCAACUUGCUGGGCGACAUUUUGAUAACUGUGUUGAGAGGUCACAUUUUGACUAGCGUCGAGAACGCGGUUAAAGAGGAAGCUGAUGAAUAUAUAACCGAAAUUAACCGCAUUAUUACGGAGUACCAGUCAUCGUUGUUGCCACUCUUCUUCAAGAAACUGCUACAAGAGUCAGCUAAACCAUAA